AUGUAUGUCUAUCUAUCUGUUUCAAUCUUUAUCUAUCUAUCUAUCUAUCUAUCUAUCUAUCUAUCUAUCUAUCUAUCUAUCUAUCUUAUUCUUUUCAUAGCUGCUUCUUUUUUUUUGAUAAUCUCUCUCUAUCUGCCCCAGUCCUGUGAUAUCUAUCUAUCUAUCUAUCUAUCUAUCUAUCUAUCUUUUCUUUUUUUAUCCAGAAGAAUUUUUGUUUUCUUAAAUCUCUUCAGCCACUCCACAACCAAAAUGAAUCAUUCACAAAAAAAGAAGAAAACAAGGACCCCCCCCAAAAAAACAAAAAACAAACCCAAAAUCCCAAAACAAACGCGCUUUAACGCGAAGAAAUAUUCUCUCUAUUCUCUACUUUCUUUCCUUUAUAAAUUGAAAAUAUCUUUGCUUUUCUUAACCAGAAUUCGCUAUUCGCAUUUUUUUCUUCUCUUUUUUAUUCAACAACUUUUUCUCUUCCUUUUCUUGGUUGAAAAAUUUAUUUCCCUGACCAAUUCUUUUCUUUCUUUCUUUCUUUCUUUCUUUCUUUCUUUCUUUCUUUCUUUCUUUCUUUCAGUGAAUAUUUUCUUCUACAUACCUUUCUUUCUUUCUUUCUUUCUUUCUUUCUUUCUUUCUUUCUUUCUUUCUUUCAUCUUAUCUAUCUAUCUAUCUAUCUAUCUAUCUAUCUAUCUAUCUAUCUAUCUAUCUAUCUCUUUCUUUCUUUCUUUCUUUCUUUCUUUCUCACCCAUUCUGUUUAUCUAUCUAUCUAUCUAUCUAUCUAUCUAUCUAUCUUUUUGUAUUUAUUUCUCUCACCAUUUCUCUUUAUUCCUCUUUUUCUGUUUAUCUCACUCUCACCAUUUCUGCUUAUGUCCCUUUCUCCCUAUCUAUCUAUCUAUCUAUCUAUCUAUCUAUCUAUCUAUCUAUCUAUCUAUCUAUCUAUCUAUCUUUUUUAUCUGUCAUUUCUCCUUUCGAUUGAUCUCCCCUCUCUCUCUCUCUCUCUCUCUCUAUAUAUAUAUAUAUAUAUAUAUAUAUAUAUAUAUCCCUAUCUGUCUGUCUAUCUAUCUAUCUAUAAUUUUCUUGACACAAUUAACCUUUCCUAGGUUACAACACUAUCUAUCUAUCUAUCUAUCUAUCUAUCUAUCUAUCUAUCUGUUCAGUAUCUAUCUAUUUAUUAUAUUCCGCACAUUUCUCGCGUCUUCUUCGUUUUCAUUCAUAAACUUCUCUCUUAACUUUUGUUCUUCUGACUUCAAUUCCUUCUCUUACGUUCUGCUUCGUUUUUGUUCUCAACUUCAUUCGUCAGCAUUCUUCUUUGUUUGCUUCUUUCCUUCAUCAUCGCUUUUUCUCUUCAUACUGCUCCGCUUUCGUUUUUUUUUUUCAGCAUUUGUUCAUAUCUAUCUAUCUAUCUAUCUAUCUAUCUAUCUAUCUAUCUAUCUAAGCAUUUGUUCAUAUCUAUCUAUCUAUCUAUCUAUCUAUCUAUCUAUCUAUCUAUCUAUCUAUCUAUCUAAUUGCCAGUUUAUGCUGUAUGCAUGCAUGUAUGUAUGUAUGUAUCUAUCUAUCUAUCUAUCUAUCUAUCUAUCUAAUUACCAGUUUAUUCUGUGUAUGUAUGUAUGUAUCUAUCAAAUUGACAAUUUUAUCUAUCUAUCUAUCUAUCUAUCUAUCUAUCUAUCUAUCUAUCUAUCUAUCUAUCUAUCUAUCUAA